UAUCACGGAAGGAAGUCGAUCGACCAAACGACGUAUAUAUAUUAUACGCGAAACUGUGCCUCGCGAAUGCGCGAAAUAUAUCGCUUUUUUUUACGUUUAUUCCGUCUGUGCCCUCUGUUCAAUCGUAGUUUCGUGCAGUGAUUCGCUUAACAAGUGCAAAACCAAAUGGUUGUUCUCGAGGAAGGCGGUAUGCUGACCACUGGACAUAAUCAAUAUUUACAACCGGAUUAUCUUUCUCCGCUUCCAACCACGUUGGAUGCGAAGAAGAGUCCUUUAGCUUUAUUGGCUCAAACAUGCAGUCAAAUAGGUGCCGAUUCACCGACAAAACCUUUGAUUUCCCCGCUGGAUAAAACGUCCAAAGGCAUGAAUACCGGUACGAAUGCGAAAUCUCCACCAGCCGCCAAGUUGGAACGGAGUACACGCAGCAGCCCGUCGGACGGGAAAUCGUUGGCGUUCAAACCAUACGAGACUAACGUUGUCUCGAAGAAGUCGUCCUCCGACGAGAGUAGGCCUGCUUCCAAAGCUAGUGUUCACAGUGUCAGUGGUCAAGAGAGUUGUGGCGGUGUGAGUGCGAGUGAUAGCGGGAAUCACGCGGAGAAAAAGUCGUCGGGAAAUCGUACUCCCGUCGGUCGGAAGUCGGCCUCGCCCGCGAGUCAAGCGACGGCCACGUCGAGCACCACACCGUCCAUCAUCGAUCGCAAGACGCCCGCGGAUCGAGAGAAAACCGACGGAUCGCCCCGUACAAGCAGCAACAACAACAACGGAACAAGCCCGAUCAUCAGAUCCGGUAUGGAGAUCCUUUCGGGCGGCCACGCCAAGGAUAGCAGCAAUUUGGCGGCGUACAAGCCCGGCACCCUGGCAGGAUUCUCGGGAAAUCCGUUGUGCUGCCCACCCGGUUUGGCGGAGAAUCCAGCGUUCAGACCGCCGUUCGCCGGCGCGUCCCCUUUCUCGCAUCAUCACGCGGCCGCGGCCGCCCUCCUCGGCUAUCCGUCGAGCACCCCGACGGGCGGGAACCCGUAUCUGAGCUACGCUCGUGUCAAGACGCCCGCCGGCGGGGAGGCGUUGGUGCCCGUGUGCAAGGAUCCUUACUGCACCGGCUGCCAAUACAGUAUGCACAGCGCGCAAUUGAUGAUGGGGACCGGUACGUGCCCGAGCGGGUGCACGCAGUGCGAUCAUCAGAAGUACGGGCUGGCGAUGGCGUUAUCGUCGUUCGGCCCCAUGGCCCCCCCGUCGCUCUCCUACCCGUCCACGCUGACCGGGGGCAGGCCGUACGUUUGCAAUUGGAUCGCUGGCGAUUCCUACUGCGGGAAACGGUUCACCACCUCGGACGAGCUUCUCCAGCAUCUUCGCAGCCACACCAGCCUGGCCGGUGGCGAUCACGCGGCGGCGGCGGCGUCCUCCUCGGCGGCCCUCCUCGCCAACCCGCAUCCGCAUCCUUUGCUCUCGCCGUCGGCCGCUCUCCACCGCGCGAGCGCCGCCGCCGCCGCCGCCGCCACUUACCCGACGCCUUCGCUCAGCCCCCUCGGAGCUAGAUACCAUCCGUACGGGAAACCGCCGACGGGGCCUCUUCCAGCCUCGUUGGCCGCCUCGCCUUACAGCGCGUUCAACGCGCUCGGACCCUACUAUUCCCCGUACGCGAUCUACGGGCAGAGGAUCGGUGCCGCUGUACACCCUUGAAUCGUGGACGAUGCUGGCCGCCAAUCGUGUCGAACGUUUUCAGUGUACGCUCCGUCAUACGGUUAGUGUAAUAUAACGUAGCGAAUCCGACGAGAGAUAUGAUGCGACGACGUUCGUUCGUUCGUUCGCUCGCCAACACCACCGCUGCUGCCGCCGCCGCCGCUGCCGCUGCUGCUGCUGCUGUUGUUGCUGUUGUGUAAAUAAUAAUUCAACGUGUAUCAUAGAAAUUUAUUUAAAGAGAUAUCUAUAUAUAUGCAUACGUGUGUAUAUAUAUAUAUAUAUAUAUAUGCAUAUGUGUAUAUAUAUAUAUGUGUGCGUGCGUGCGUGCGCGUGCGUGUGCGUGUAUAAAUUACAACAAGAUUACAGAUUUUCUCAAGUUUCUAAAGAUAUCUCGCGUGACGUGAGUUUUUUGACGUUUCAUCGUGGAAAAUCUAUUAUAUCGACGUGUAAAAUCUCCCCGACGUUUUGAUCGUUACGUAGGAAGGAACAUGUACACCGGAUAUAAAACGUCGAAAACGCCGAUGAGGAGGGAUGAAUUUUAUUCGUUAUCAUCUAUCUACGGCGCGAUGAUGCGCGAGCAUCGGAAAACGUCGUCGAAAUUUUCCUUUUUUUUCUCUUCUUUUUCUUUCUUUCUUUCCUUCUUUCUUUCUUUCUUUCUUCUUCUUCUUCGUUCGUUUCUUAAUCACGGAAUCCGUGUAUCGCGCGAGAACGUGAAUCGAGGACGCUCAUCAUCCAUCCCCGUUUUCUUCGACGAUAAAAACGCCGUUCGACGGCGCGAGAGAGUCUUUGAAACGGUCGUGCAUGUUCUAAUGUCCACAAUAUAACUGUGAUAUUACUCUAUUUUUUCGAGAGAG